UCUAAGGAAUUCGCAUUUAAGGUUUAUUUAUUCCUUAAACUUACAAAUAGGAAUUGAAUGCAAAUUUUGAAACUAACACACAUUAAAAGACAAUGAAAAAAGUAUUGGUAACAGGUGGGACUGGCCUUGUCGGCAAAGCUCUGGAGACUGUCAUCAAGAAGGAACAACCAACCGAUGAGAAGUGGUUUUUUGCGGGUUCCAAAGAUGGGGACUUGACCAACCUGGCCUCCACGCAAGCACUUUUCGAGCGAGAGAAGCCAACACAUGUGAUUCAUUUGGCUGCGCUUGUGGGUGGACUGUUUUACAAUAUGAACAACAACUUGGAUUUCUUGCGCAACAAUUUGCUUAUCAACGACCACGUACUGCAAACUGCACAUGAACAAGGGUGUAAAAAGGUUGUGUCUUGUCUCUCCACUUGUAUAUUUCCGGACAAGACCAGCUAUCCCAUUGACGAGACAAUGGUACACAAUGGUCCACCACACCCAUCCAAUUACGGUUACUCGUAUGCCAAACGCCUAAUUGACAUACAGAAUCAUGCAUACCACGAUAAAUACGGACAUUUGUAUACGUCUGUGAUACCAUGUAAUAUAUUCGGACCUCAUGAUAACUACAAGCCCGAGGGGCAUGUCAUACCGGGCUUGAUAAACCGCAUGUACAAGCUGCGGCUGGACCAGCCUGAUGUGCCAGAGGGUGAAAAAGUCUUUACGGUUUUCGGCAGUGGCAAGCCUCUACGCCAAUUCAUCUAUUCCCUGGACCUAGCAAAACUGAUCAUUUGGGUGUUGCGAAACUAUGACAGCGUGGAACCGAUUGUGCUCAGUGUGGACGAAGAGCAGGAGGUGACUAUUUUGGAGGUGGCACAAGCUAUAGCCAAGGCGUUGAAUUUCAAGGGCAAAUUAGUCUGUGAUACGAGUAAGGCAGACGGGCAGUACAAGAAGACGGCAUCUAAUGCCAAGCUACGUAGCCUCCUGCCCAAUUUUGUGUUCACCAAUUUUGAGACAGCUAUAAAGGAGUCAGUGCAGUGGUAUGUGGACAACUAUAACCAGGCGAGAAAGUGAGAAGACAGAUGCAUUGUGAUUCCCUUAAGGAAGAAAACUAGGUACGCGCAUUUAUGAUAAAUCUAAAUAAUUUUUCUUUAUUUAAACAUUAAAUUAAAAACUAAAUUUAGACGCAUAAACACUUUA